GUUCAGAAGAUUUAUCGGAACCCGAGGCUGGUGAAAUACAGAGUGGCGAGGAAGGAAGUUUACGUAGUGGUGUCAGUGAAGACGGUGAAGUUGGUGAUUAUUGUGAUUAUCCAGAACUAGAUCUUGAUCCUGAAUAUAACAUGCAUCGAAGCAGUCACCAUAGUCGGUAUCAUUUAGAGCAGGAGAUCUACAUGUCUAGAUCAUCCAUGAUAAUAGCAUCUCCAGGUAGAAGACGUCCCUUAGGGCAAGUAGUGAUUACAUCACCCACUUCACCUGUUCUUCUAAGAGAGAGGCAUCAUUCGGUUUCUUCACGUUCAUCAAAAUCGAGUGAGGCUAGGAGACGAAUUGUAGAAGGCUCCCCAACUGAAUUUCAUCAGCCUGCAAUUUCUCCGUAUCCAGAAGAAAUUCCCCUACUUGAAAAAAAGAAACGAAAGAGAAAGGACAAAAAACACAGAAAGGAUAAAAAAUCAAAAAAGAAAAGGAAGAAAAGUAAGCACAGAUCUCAAACCACUAGUCCUGAAAGUGAAGAGAGUGAUUCGGCCGAAUCAAAGGCUAGUUCUAUAAAAACUCCUCCUAGGAAUCAUGGAGAACGAGUUUCAAAGUCCCUUUCUGAAUGGGAGCUCCAAGAAAGAAAUCCUUCCAAAAUAACCGACCAUAAAAUCGAUACAAGCGCAUGUUCGCCUGUUUCUAAUGACAGUAUCGCGUCUCCUGACCCGAUAUCGCCGACAGUUCCCUCGGCCACACCCCCGCUUAAAACUCUUAAGGAUUAUCAAUACGAUUACCCUAGAGAAUCACCGCAUACACCUCCUGUACACCAUUACCACACCAGCAGGUCGAACCAUCACAUUGAACCGGUUAGGAUAAGGGAAAUCGGUUCGCCCAUAGUAAUCGACGAUUAUAGCAGACCAUCUCCAAUUAAGUCUCCUUACAGAAACCCGAGUCCUGAAAAUAUGCACCAUCACAAACAUAGUAGGUCAAUAUCACCAAGUAAACGUCGACGGGGUGAAGGACACAGGAAACACCGAAGAGAACGUGAAAAAGCUAAAGAAAAAAAAAGACUAGCACAGAGCAAGAGUCGUAGCCCCUUGACUAGGAGAUCACCCAGCUAUAGUAGAAGUAGACAUUAUAGUCCUUCACCAUCAAGGAGAAGCAAGAGGCAUAAAACAAGGAGUCCCAGGAGAGAAAGAGAUAAAAGUCCAAGGCACAGACACAGGAGUCCCUUGCCCCAUUCAAUUAGGUCUUCGCAAUUAGCUAAUAAAAUUACCGACACUAGUUUAUUUGCCGAAUUAGUCAAAGAUAAGCAUAAACGGGAGAUGGAACUGCGAAAACUCGAACAAAACUUAAAGUCUGAAGCAACAAUAGAUCAGGACAAAAUUGUCAUAUCUGACGAGCCUGAUAGCGCAGACAGUAAACGAAGUGCGGAAUGUAACUCCGACGUUGUUGUGGUGCCUAUGGAUAUUGAUGAUAUACCCAUUCCUGACAUGGAACCUAUAAAACUCAAUGUGAAUGAAGCUCCAAAAAACAAUGUCUACGCCAGUACAGAUAACUCAAGCACGCUUCCAUUGCAACCGCCAUUGCCAACUAGCGAACCGAAAUCGUUAGGUAACAAUAUUGAAAUUACCCUGGUCAAAAUGAAUAGUGUGGAAAAACCGAAACCAAAGAGCAUUACAAAGUUGCCUAUGCCACCUGGAAUGGAUCAGUCUGAGUUGGAGGAGAUAGAAUCUCCCCCUAGUCGUUCACCAACACCACCUCCGAAACUUAAAGCAAAAACUCCUCCUCCAAAUAUGAGGAAGAAUGUAAAGGAUUUGCCCAUGCCACCAGUAAUACCUGGUACGGAAGAAUUAAGUGGUGAUGAAGAAGAUUUGGCCAGCACCCCACCCAGGAAUAAUCUGAAAAUAGUCGAAAGACCCAAACCUGUGAUCAAACCAAAGUUGAAACGACCAAGAAUCCUGAAACGAAGGGGCUCCCGAAGUUUUCAGACUUGUGGCAAGGAUUGGGGGGAGCGGUGCGUUGAUAUGUUUGAAGUUAUUGCCCAAACUGGGGAAGGUACUUAUGGGCAAGUAUACAAAGCAAAGGAUAUCCAAGCUAAUGAACUUGUCGCCUUGAAAAAGGUUAGAUUAGAAAACGAAAAGGAGGGUUUUCCAAUAACCGCGGUUAGGGAAAUAAAGAUUUUGAGGCAACUUAACCACAAAAACAUUGUGAAUCUUAGAGAGAUUGUUACCGAUAAGCAGGAUGCGGUUGAUUUCAGAAAGGAGAAAGGUUCAUUUUAUUUGGUUUUUGAGUAUAUGGACCACGAUCUAAUGGGCCUGUUGGAAUCUGGUAUGGUGGACUUCAAUGAACUAAACAAUGCAUGUAUCAUGAAACAGUUGUUGGAUGGACUCAACUACUGCCACAAGAAAAAUUUCCUACACAGAGAUAUAAAGUGCAGCAAUAUCUUGAUGAACAAUAAGGGUGAGGUAAAGCUGGCCGAUUUUGGACUAGCUCGCUUGUACAAUGCUGAAGAUCGCCAAAGGCCUUACACAAACAAAGUAAUCACAUUGUGGUACCGACCACCGGAGCUGCUUUUAGGCGAGGAACGUUAUGGCCCAGCAAUUGAUAUAUGGAGUUGCGGCUGCAUACUCGGCGAAUUAUUCCUCAAAAAACCCCUCUUUCAGGCGAAUGCUGAAAUGAUGCAACUAGAUCGGAUAUCUAGAGUAUGCGGCACUCCUACUCCAGCAGUAUGGCCGUCUGUGAUAAAACUUCCCCUGUUUCAUACUUUGAAACCCAACAAGCUCCACAGGCGAAGGCUCAGGGAAGAUUUCGCUUUUAUGCCCACAUCAGCAUUGGAUCUGUUAGAUAGAAUGCUAGAACUAGAUCCCGACAAAAGAAUAACGGCUGAGGAUGCUUUAAAGUCACCAUGGCUUAAGAAUAUUAAUCCUGAACAACUAACAGCACCAGAACUUCCAACCUGGCAAGACUGCCACGAACUGUGGAGCAAAAAACGCAAACGUCAAAUAAGGGAACAGCAAGAGGCAAUGCAGAAUCUGCCGCCGGGUAAGCCAGCGACAAUGCCUCGCGAGAAAGGGAAACCUGAGGAUGAGGUUGGCGGGUGGCUUUACAGUUCACCAUGACAGGAGCUGAAGAAGAUUAUUAUCAAUUAUAUUUUAAGAACUAAAAUAUCGAUAUUCACCUAUUAUUGAGUCACGUUUUUUUUAUUAUUAUAUUAACUAUUAGGUCCCAUUAAUUUUUUAAUUGUCAUGGAUCUAUAUAUUGUCUUUUUUAGUCCUCAUCAUGAAAACCGAGCCCUACAUGCCGGUGUUUCUUAGUCUAUAUAAGGAGGACUCCCGUUGAAUGCAGAACUGUUAAGGUUGCGCCCUAUGAUAAUCAAGCCUUUACACUUUUUUAAGAAAAAGGAAAAAAUAUAUGUAUAUGUUGUAUCAAAAUGAAUGCUAUUGUGGAUCUAGUUAAAUCGAUUUAUCUGUAAAUAUUUGUAAGUUAUUUAGAAUUAGUUAAUAAAAUUGUUUUAUUUAACCCUGUAUUGUCUUUUUUUCUUUUAAGAAAUAAAAGGUAUUUAUUUAUUUUUGUUUUUUCUUUUUAUUUCUUAUUGCUAAUAGUAUGCUCAAGUAAUGCAUGAAUGGUAGUUGAGUGGAUUGUCUGAUGUAGAUAUGGCAGUGCAACUGCGUGACUUUGUUGAAAAUAAGUCAUUUUGAAGCAUGCUUUUAAACAUUGAAAGAAUGAUCAAGUAGAUAGCAUGUUCUAGGUAAAUGUAGUUUGUCUAGAUAAUGACAAAUAUUUACAGGUAAAUUUCUCGUUGUUUAACCACAUUGUAAAAUACUCAUUUUUUGACACAAAAAUCACCGAUUUUUGUCUGCUGAUACUUGAUAUAUUGUAUUUUGAAUUAAAGGUUCUGCCCUCAGG